UGAUUUUCUCUUAUAUCCCAUGAAUCCGAAAGAUAACAGCAUUGUGUGAUAAAUGUGUGAAAUUCAUUGAUUUAUGAAGCAGGGUCACAUAGAAUGAAAUUCCGUUUUUGUUACACAUCCAUAGGAAUUUAUAAUUAUUAAUAUACUGUGAACUUUAAAUUAUAUGAACAAAGUAAAUAAAUCAAAAUGGCCAGUAGUAAUUAUGUCGUUAUUAGGAAGCACGUGAGUCAUUUUGACCUUGACGCGUAGUAUUUGAAAUUCCAAGUGGGAUUAAAAUAAAAAGGAUCUAGCUUUCAUAUAAACUUAGAAGGGAGUUAUAGUGAUAUAUGUAUGCAAUUUGUGUUAGAGUUACGUAGUUAAAAUGUUUAACAUAUUUGGAAAGAAACCUACAGUGGAAGAACAACAACGUGAAACUGACAGAUCUCUCAGGAAAGUGGAGCGUGGUAUAGAACGUGACAGGAGAGGACUGGAAAGAGAAGAAAAGAAACUAGAAUUGGAAAUCAAGAAGCUGGCAAAAGAAGGCAACCAUGAGGGAUGUAAAAUUCUAGCAAAGCAACUAAUACAGUUGAGGAAACAAAAAACAAGGACAUAUACUGCAGGCAGUAGGGUUCAUAGUGUUGGAGUGUCCAAUAAAGCCAUGGGAGCUAACAUAAAAUUAGCUAAUGCAAUGGGCACCACUACCAAAACAAUGGCAAACAUGAAUCAAAUAAUGAAACCAGAGCAGGUUGCAGCUGACAUGCAUGCCUUUGGACAGGCAUCCAUGAAAAUGGACAUGACUGAUGAAAUGAUAAAUGAUACGCUGGAUGACAUGUUGACUGAAUCUGGGGAUGAAGAGGAGGGUGACAAGGUAGUGCAACAAGUGCUGGAUGAAAUUGGCAUUGAGAUUUCUGGUAAAAUGGCCAGAGCACCAGCCAUUAGCCAUGGAAAGCUUGGAGAGGGCUCCAAAUCACGGCUUCCAACAGAUGAAGAAAUAGAAGCUCAGCUUGCAAAGCUCAGAUCAUAGCUUUGCGACAAACUGUUUCUACGUACAGUUAUUAUGCUCUGAAGCCAAGGGAAUGGCUAUAACAAAUAUUCACAUAUUUAACCCUAUCCAUGCAAAUAAAAUUGAUUUUUUUAAAGCUUAUAUGUUUCCUGAAACAAAUGCAGAGCUAUUUAUUUUUGUUGAUCGCCACAUAAAACAUAAAAGUUAUUGAAUUAUAAUUUAGCACAUUGCCAACAUGACAGAAACAGCUUCUUCAGCUGCAUCGUUGUCUACACAUAUGAAGUAUAGGUCACACGAGUAGUGGUGGCGCCUAAAUGCGCGAUGUGUAAGCUUAGAGAGGGGAGUUCAGUAGUAGUGGGGGUCACGGCCUCGACUGUGGUGAUGAACCAAUCUAAGAGCUAGAAACCAACUGAAGCUAGUGCCAGCACUUCUCAGUCAGUCUCUAGUGGAGAAACUUCCAAAAUUACUGUAGCAGGUAUGCCAUUAAAUGAUAUAAAUAAGGCAUGAAUAAUGUGAAGCACUACUGAAGAGAUAAACACUGAGAAUAUUCUGAAUUUCUAAAUGUGGAUAUUAGUGUCCGAAACAUAACAUUCUUUGAUUUUAUCACUUAUAUGAAAUGUUGGUUAUAAAAAUUGUGUAUAGUGCCUUAUAUCUUGUGAAAAGGUACAAGAUUAGUUUUGAUUUUUGGCUUCAGAGCUUAAUAAUUUACUGCAAGUUUAUGUUGCUGUAUCAGCUAUAUUUGUGAGUAAUUUAACAAUUUAUCCAUUUUUAAAAUAUCAUCUUUGAUCAUAGAGAUUCAGCAGUUCCUCCAGAAUGUGAAGUAGCAAGACAAAUCAAAUUUUAAACCUGCUUAUUCCUUGAGUACAUUUUAAUUGAUUUCUGGGUUUUGUUUUAAUUUGGCAUAAAAUAAUCCUAAAAGAAAAAUUGAACAAAUAUUUCAAAAUCUAAUGUAUAAAAUAUGUUGUGUAUGUAUGUUGUAAAUAAUCUGUGGACAUACAAAUUUAAAAUAUGGUAUGAGAAGGGUUUGUCAGGCAGUUUCAACAGUUUUAGUUCUUUAUUUUUUGUUUUAGAUUCAGUUAUUAGAUGAGUACUUGUUAUAAAUAUUGCUUUGUAGAACUUCCGUCGACAGUAACCUAGGUUGGCAGACUUUGUUAGUAAUUACUGUAGUUUGACGUGUACCGAAGAGAUGGCAGCGCGAGUAUAUUCAGAGUUUUUGUUAGUAAUUAUAGUAGUUUGACGUGUACCGAAAAGAUGGCAGCACGAGUAUAUUCAGAGUUUUUGUUGGUAAUUAUAGUAGUUUGACGUGUACCGAAGAGAUGGCAGCACGAGUAUAUUCAGACUGCUGCCUCCAGCGCCUGUUAUGAGUAUCAUCGUGAGCCAGUGUGUGUCCAAGUACUAUUUUCUGUCACGUCGCCAAUGCUUUCUGUUGGCAGGUUCCGAAAAUGUCUUCUUGUCUAAUGUUUGUAAUAAAACCGUGUCAGCAAAAUUUUAA